AUGGCACGAUUGGCCUGGGCUCUCCUUCUUCUCGCCGCCGCUUGCUCGGCGUCGGAAGAAGACCGCAUCGUAGGCGGCCGUCCUGUCGCUAUUCAGGAGCACCCAUACAUGGUACAAAUGGAAAGGUGGUACGGUUUCCUUGUCUGGUCUCAGAGAUGCGCUGGCAACGUCCUCACCUCAAGAUACAUAUUGAGCAGCGCCCAGUGCUUCGCUGGACCAGCGGGCACCUCUUACCGCAACAUCGGCGGUGUCGUCAGUAACGUCGCCCAGAUAUACAUUCAUCCGUCUUUCGGGCAAAACGGUUACGACGGUGACGUUGCGGUGGUACUCCUCGAGACUCCACUCGCUUACUCGAACACAAUCAGCCAGGGCCGCAUUAUCGCCCAGGGCGCUACUAUGCCCGACAACUUGCCCGUAAUCCACGCCGGAUGGGGAAGACCUUCGUUCUUUGGUGAGAGAGCUGAACAACUUACCAGGGUGUCUGUCCUAACCGUCAACCGUGAACUCUGCGCCGAGCGCUACCUCAACUGGCCCAGCCAGCCGCUCGUCACUGAGAACAUGAUCUGCGCUGGAAUCCUGGACGUUUCCGCCGACGGAACCUGCUUCGGCGACGCCGGUGGUCCCCUCUUAUACCAAGACAUCAUUAUUGGCCUCGCCUCGUGGGGCAGAACCUGCGCCAACGGCACCUACCCUGACGUCAGCACCGCCGUUUCUUCCUACACCAACUGGAUCGUCGCAACCGCCGUU